AUGGCAUCACGACUACAAGUCACUCGGAAUCGACUCCUAAGAGCCCCAUUACUAUCCUCCAUCCGUGUUACCCAUCCUACCCGCACCCUCCGUCUGCUCCCGCAAACCCGCCUUCUUCCCCCUCUCGCUGUCGGUGUCACCCAUUGCCAGCCGCUAUACGCAAUUCGCAACUAUGCAAACGGACGACCCCAUCCGCCCGGUGGAACGCACCGGAUGAACCUCGGUGGCGAACCAGAAAAGUCAGCACUGGAACAGUUUGGCGUGGACCUGACGGCGAAGGCCAAGGCGGGCAAGCUGGAUCCAGUCAUUGGACGAGAUGCGGAAAUCCAUCGAACCAUUCAAGUCCUCUCGAGACGGACGAAAAACAACCCCGUCCUCAUCGGUGCGGCUGGUACCGGAAAAACGGCUGUCCUCGAGGGUCUCGCCCAGAGAAUUGUGCAGGGAGAUGUUCCGGAGAGUAUCAAAGACAAGCGGGUCAUCUCGCUCGACCUGGGCUCGCUCAUCGCCGGUGCCAAAUUCCGCGGUGACUUUGAAGAACGCCUGAAAUCCGUGUUAAAAGAAGUCGAGGAAGCACAGGGCGGUGUGAUCUUGUUUAUCGACGAACUCCACACUCUGCUCGGUCUAGGGAAGGCCGAAGGCAGUAUCGAUGCGAGCAACCUCCUCAAGCCUGCCCUGUCCAGAGGCGAGCUCCAGUGCUGCGGUGCCACGACUUUGAAUGAAUACCGCCUCAUUGAAAAAGACGUGGCUCUCGCCAGACGAUUCCAGCCCAUCCAGGUUGGAGAACCUUCUGUUGCGGCGACGAUAUCGAUCCUGCGUGGUAUCAAGAACAAAUAUGAAGUCCACCAUGGUGUCCGAAUUACCGACGCCGCCUUGGUCGCGGCGGCAACCUACAGCAACCGAUACAUCACCGACCGGUUCCUUCCUGAUAAAGCUAUCGAUCUGGUGGAUGAAGCCGCCUCGGCUCUCCGCCUGCAACAGGAAUCAAAGCCAGACGUGAUCCGAGAACUGGACCGUGAUAUCACCACCAUCCAGAUUGAGCUCGAGUCUCUCCGCAAAGAGACAGAUAUCAGCAGUCGCGAGCGGCGGGAAAAGCUCCAGGAAGAUCUCAAGGCCAAGCAGGAGGAGGCCGCCAAGUUGACCGAAGUGUGGGAGAAAGAGAAGGCCGAGAUCGAGUCCCUCAAGCGUACCAAGGAAGAGCUGGAAACCGCUCGCUUCCAGCUUGAACAGGCGCAAAGAGAAGGAAACUUCGCCAAGGCCGGAGAGCUUCGGUACUCCACCAUUCCAAGCCUCGAGGCCAAGCUGCCGAAGGAAGGCGAGGAACAAGGCGCAACGCCUCAGACGAGUCUGAUCCACGAUUCCGUCACUGCCGACGAUAUCGGAAAUGUUGUAUCCCGGACGACCGGAAUUCCGGUCAACAAGCUCAUGGCUGGAGAGGUUGAGAAACUGAUCCACAUGGAAGAUACGCUGCGGCAGUCAGUCCGUGGACAGGAUGAGGCUCUCGCGGCAGUUGCCAAUGCGGUCCGCAUGCAACGCGCAGGUCUCAGCGGAGAGAAUCGACCUCUUGCAUCUUUCAUGUUCCUUGGUCCUACUGGUGUUGGGAAGACAGAGCUGUGCAAGAAGAUGGCGGAGUUCUUGUUUUCAACCGAGACUGCUGUUGUGAGAUUCGACAUGAGCGAGUUCCAAGAGAAGCAUACCAUCAGUCGCUUGAUCGGUUCGCCAGCGGGCUAUGUGGGCUACGAUGAUGCGGGUCAGCUCACCGAGGCUGUGAGACGCAAGCCGUACGCUGUCCUGUUGUUUGACGAGUUCGAAAAAGCACACCGUGACAUUUCGGCGCUCCUGCUGCAAGUUCUGGAUGAGGGAUUCCUCACCGACUCCCAGGGCCACAAGGUGGACUUCCGUAACACGCUUAUUGUGCUGACCUCCAACCUCGGUGCCGACAUCCUCGUAGGUGCGGAUCCCCUUCACUCUUUCAAGGAUUUUGGCGACGAGGAGCUCUCUCCUGAGAUCAAGAAGGCCGUUAUGGACGUCGUGCAACACGCAUAUCCUCCUGAGUUCCUCAACCGAAUUGACGAGUUCAUCAUCUUCAAGAGGCUUUCGAAAGAGGCUCUUCGGGACAUCGUGGACAUCCGACUCAAGGAACUCCAGUCGAGGCUGGAUGACCGACGGAUGGUGCUGCAGGUUGAUGACGAGAUCAAGGACUGGCUGUGCGAGAAAGGUUAUGACCCCAAGUACGGUGCUCGCCCUCUCAACCGCUUGAUCGCCAAGGAAAUUGGCAACAAGCUCGCCGACAAGAUCAUUCGUGGCGAAGUCACUUCUGGACAAACGGCCCAUGUCUCCUUCAAUUCCGAUAAGAGUGGACUCCCUAGAUCACGCCAAAAGGCGCAAAAAUCCCAGGAUCCCACAGAAUCUGAAGAACCGUAA